UAGACAGGACUCUGCUCUCUGUGCUUCCGGGUUCGUGUUGCAUUUGUGUUUCUCCAAAACUCUGCGGCUUUCUCAAAGUUGGGACAGCGUGGCUUGUGCUCCACGCUGGACAUGGAGGACCUUCUGUCAUUCACAGAUGUGGCCAUUGAUUUCUCUGCAGAGGAGUGUGAAUGUCUGGACUCUGCUCAGUGGAAUCUGUACAGAGACGUGAUGCUGGAGAAUUACAGCCACCUUGUGUUCCUGGGUCUUGCUUUCUCGAAGCCGUACCUGGUCACAUUUCUGGAGCAGAGUUCAGAUCUGUGGAGCGUGAGGAGAAAAGGAUCAGCGGCCGUCCAUCUAGGAUCAAAACCCCAUAAAUGUAAAGAGUGUGGGAAAGCCUUUGAUAGGAACUCAGUCCUUAUUCAGCAUCAAAGAAUUCAUACUGGAGAGAGACCCUACAAAUGUGAAGAAUGUGGCAAAUCUUUCAACUAUUCUUCCAGUCUUAAACAGCACCAAAGAAUCCAUACUGGAGAGAAACCCUACAAAUGUGAAGUGUGCGGCAAAGCUUUUAACUGUUCUUCAUAUCUGGGUAAGCAUCAAAGAAUCCAUACUGGAGAGAAACGCUACAGAUGUGAAGACUGUGGUAAACCUUUUACUAAUUGUUCAGGGCUUAUUGUUCACCGAAGAGUUCACACUGGAGAGAAACCCUACAGAUGUGAAGACUGUGGCAAGGCCUUUAGUGUUCGCACAACACUCUCUAAACACCAGAGAAUUCACACUGGAGAGAAACCUUACAAAUGUAAUGAAUGCGGAAAGACUUUUAAUGUCCACUCCACACUCUCUAAACACCAGAGGAUCCACACUGGGGAGAAACCUUACAAAUGUGAAGAAUGCGGCAUGGCCUUUAAUGUUCGCUGCAUUCUCUCUAAACACCAGCGGACCCACACUGGAGAGAAACCCUACAAAUGUACUGAAUGUGGCAAGGCUUUUAACUGUUCCUCUAGCCUCCACCAGCACCAACAAAUUCAUAGGGGAGAGAAACUCUACAAAUGUGAUGACUGUGGCCAGGCCUUUAGCUGUUCUUCCUAUCUGUAUAAGCAUCGUCGAAUCCAUACUGGCAUGAAACCCUACAAAUGCAAGGACUGUGGUAAGGCCUUUUACUGUUCUGUAAACCUUAUUUACCACCAGAGAAUUCAUAAUGGGGAGAAACCGUAUAAAUGUAACGAGUGUGGGAAGGCCUUUAGCAUUUGUUCAACGUUUAUGAAACACCAGCGAAUACAUAGUGGGGAAAAACCCUACAAGUGCAAUGAAUGUGAGAAAGCCUUUAAUAACUGUUAUAAUCUAAUUCAACACCAAAGAAUCCAUACUGGGGAGAAACCCUACAAAUGUAAAGACUGUGGCAAAGCCUUUAAUUAUACUUCAAGCCUUGCUCAACAUGAAAGGAUUCACACCGGAGAGAAACCGUACAAAUGUGAAGAAUGUGGCAAGGCCUUUAACUCUUCUUCAAAUCUUAAACAUCACUGGAGACUCCAUUCUGGUGAGAAGCCCUACAAAUGUGAACAAUGUGGCAAAGCCUUUAAAAACUGUUCGGGCUUUACUCGACACUAUAGAAUUCACACAGGAGCGAAGCCCUACAAUUGUGAAGAAUGUACCAAGUACUUCCAUAUUCCAUCAUUACUUUCUGAAGAGAAAAGAAUUUAUUCAGGAGAAAAACCUUACAAAUGUGAAGUUUGUGGCAAGACCUUCUGCAUUCCAUUAUCACUUUCCAAACACAAGAUAAUUCAUACAGGAGAGAAUCCCUACACCUGUGAAGUAUGUGGCAAGGCCUUCCAACAUCCAUCAAGACUUUCCAGACAUAAGAAAAUUCAUUCAGGAGAGAAACCCUACAAGUGUGAAGUCUGUGGGAAGGCCUUCCACUUUCCAUCAUUACUUUUGGUACACAAGAGAAUUCAUACAGGAGAAAAACCCUACAAGUGUGAAGUAUGUGGCAAGGCCUUCCAUUAUCCAUCAAUACUCUCUAAACACAAGCGAAUUCAUACAGGAGAAAAACCCUACAAGUGUGAAGAAUGUGGCAAGGCCUUCCACAUUUCAUCAUUUCUUUCUAAACACAAAAUAAUUCAUAGAGGAGAAAAACCCUACAAGUGUGAUGUAUGUGGCAAGGCCUUCCAUUAUCCAUCAAGACUUUCCAACCAUAAGAAGAUUCAUUCAGGAGAGAAACCAUACAAGUGUGAAGUGUGUGGCAAGGCCUUCCGCAUUUUGUCACUACUUUCUAAGCACAAGAUAAUUCAUACAGAAGAGAAUCCUUACAAGUGUGAAGUAUGUGGCAAGGCUUUUGAUUAUCCUUCAAGACUUUCUACCCAUGUGAAAAUGCAUACAGGAGAGAAACCAUACAAGUGUGAAGUUUGUGAAAAGGCCUUCCGUUCUAUGUCAUCACUUUCUAAACACAGGAGAAUUCAUACAGGAGAUAAUUACUAUAACAGUGAAUUAUGUGGUAGUGCCUUCAUUUAUCCUUCAAGACAUUCUAAGCAUAAGAAAAUUUGCACAGGAGAGAAGCCCUACAAGUGUGAAGUAUGUGGCAAGGCCUUCCAUGUUUCAUCACUACUUUUUAAACACAGGGCGAUUCAUACAGGAGAAAAACUAUAUAAGUGUGAAAUAUGUGGAAAGGCCUUCUAUUAUCCGUCAAGACUUUCCAACCAUAAGAAAAUUCAUACAGGAGAGAAACCAUACCAGUGUGAAGAAUGUGGGAAGUCCUUCUGUUUUCCAUCAUCACUAUCUAAACAUAAGAGAAUUCAUACAGGAGAGAAGCCAUACAAGUGUAAAGAAUGUGGGAAGGCCUUCCGCUCUCUGUCAUCACUUUCGAAACACAAGAGAAUUCAUACAGGAGAGAAACCCUACAAGUGUGAAGUAUGUGGCAAGGCCUUCCAUUAUCCAUCUUUACUUUCUAAACACAGGAUAAUUCAUGCAGAAGAAAAACCCUACAAGUGUGAAAUAUGUGGCCAGGCCUUCCAUGUUCCAUCAAAACUUUCUCAUCACAAGAUAAUUCACACAGGAGAAAAACCCUACAAAUGUGAAGUAUGUGGCAAGGCCUUCAGCAUUCCAUUAUUACUUUCUAAACACAAGAUAAUUCAUACAGGAGAGAAUCACUAUAACAGUGAAGUACGUAACAAGGCUUUCGUUUAUCCUUCAAGACUUUCUAAGCAUAAGAAAAGUCAUACAAGAGAGAAACCAUACAAAUGUGAUGUCUGUGGAAAGGCCUUCCGUUUUCCAUCACUACUAUUAAUACACAAGGGAAUGCAUACUGGAGAAAAACCCUACAAGUGUGAAGAUUGUGGGAAGGCCUUCCAUUAUCCAUCACUACUUUCUAAGCACAAGAGAAUUCAUACAGGAGAAAAACCAUACCAGUGUGAAGUAUGUGGCAAGGAUUUCCAUAUUUCAUCAUCACUGUCUAAACACAGGAUAAUUCAUACAGGAGAGAAGCCAUACAAGUGUGAAGUGUGUGGGAAUGCCUUCCGCUUUUCAUCCUCACUAUCUAAACACAAGAGAAAUCAUACAGGAAAGAAACCCUAUAAGUGUGAAGAAUGUGGCAAGGCCUUCCAUUUUCCAUCAUUACUUUCUAAACACAAGAUAAGUCACACUGGAGAGAAGCCCUACAAUUGUGACUUAUGUGGCAAGGCCUUCCAUUAUUCAUCAUUACUUUCUAAACACAAGAUGAUUCAUACAGGAGAAAAACCCCACAAGUGUGAUAUAUGUGGUAAGGCCUUCCAUUAUCCUUCAAAACUUUCCAGCCAUAAGAAAAUUCAUACCGGAGAGAAACCAUACAAGUGUGAAGUAUGUGGAAAUGUCUUCUGUUUUGCAUCAUCACUUUCUAAACACAAAAGAAUUCACACAGGAGAAAACCCAUACAAGUGUGACGUCUGUGGGAAGGCCUUCUAUUAUCCAUCAUUACUUUCUAAACACAAGGUAAUUCAUACAGGAGAAAAACCCUACAAGUGUGACUUAUGUGGCAAGGCCUUCCAUUAUCCAUCAUUACUUUCUAAACACAAGGUAAUUCAUACAGGGAAAAAACCCUACAAGUGUGAAGUAUGUGACAAGGCCUUCCAUUAUCCAUCACGACUUUCCAAGCAUAAGAAAAUUCAUGGGGUUGGAGACAUGGCUCAGCAGUUGAGGGAGCUGUCUGCACUUUCAGAGGUUCUGAGUUCAAUUCCCAGCAACCACAUGGUGGCUCACAACCAUGUAUGAUGGAAUGUUUCCCUCUUCUGGUCUGCAGGUAGAACACAUAUACAUAAAAUAAAUAAGUUAUUAUACAAAAAUUGAUGCUAUAUUUCCUGGUGCCAUUAAAAAAAAUUAUGUAGGAGAGAAACCCUACAUAAAUGUAGAGCCUGUGGCAAGGCUUCCAAUGUCCAGCACUAUUUUCUAACCACAAGAGAAGUCAGACAGGAGAGAAACCCCGCAUGUAUUAAAUAUGUAGCCUGGCCUUCUAUUGUCCAUGAUUACUUUCUGAACACAAGAGAAUUCACACAGGUGAGAAACCCUGCAAUUGUUAAGUGCAAGUCAACUCUUAGAAUUUGCCAGAUUCUUUCUACUCGUUUCAAAUCGUACAUGUGUGAAGAAUGUAGAGAAGCCUUCUCUACAAAUAUACACCAAUGUUUACACAAUUAAUUCACAAUGGGCUUUCAUUUACAAAUGCAAAGAAUAUGUCUUAAUACUCAACAAAAACAUUAGGGAUCAUCAAGGAAUCCAUUCCAGAGAGAAACCAUGCGAAUCUAAAGAAUGUGGCAAAUACUCUAGAAGUUCCAUAGCAUGCUCUGAACACAUAUAACUCCUACUGGAGAGCAACAUUACAGUUGUGGAGAAUGUGGCAACAAACUAUUACCAAUCUUCUGGACUUAAGCAACAUUCAAGAAUUCAUCUGUGAGAGAAACCACACAAAUGUGAAGAAUGUUCUAAGGUCUUUUAUACUUACUAAAGAACUUGUGAACCACCUCAUAAUUCAUAUGAGACUGAAAUGCCACAUGUGAAGAAUGUUUCGAACCCUUUAAUAAACCUUAUGUAUUUCUCAACACAAGAUUGUUCAAACGAGUAAAAUAAUACAAAUGUUAAAAUAUUCAUAAUAUGUUAACACAUCUUCAAACCCUAAAAGUUUUCAAAAGCUUCCUGCUGAAUAGAAUCCAUAUAAGAUUGAGCAAUGUGGUAAGUAAAGCUUUUAGAAUCAUUACACAAUAAUGUCAAAAGUCAGCUGUCAGAUUGUGUGUUUGUUCUCUGGAUUUAGGGCUGAUCCAUCUUUGCUGUCUUUUGUGUCUUCUGUUUUAGAAUCAGAACACUUGUUCUAUACCAACAAGUAGUAAAAGUAGUCACUUGUUAUGUUGUAGGAGAUCACAGUUAAGAGAUUGCCUUGAGUCUCACAAGACACAUGGACUGUGGUCUUUCAUAGUGUUGUAAUUGUUAAAUACUUUGUGGACCUUUCAAGUUGUAGCCUAUUUUACUUAUGAGGUGAGGGUACGGUUGGGGAAAAGGAAUUAAACGUUAAUAUUAAAGCUUUGUGGCUAGUAUAAUGACUUUGGGAACAAACUUCAUUGCCAACAAGACCCAUACCCAUGUUAGUAUUCCCAGUACCCACGAAAUUCAAAGAGGUUAUCACCUCUAGCAUUGUCCUCUGAUCUCCAUGCAUGGGCUGCCACAUGUAGGUACAUACAUGUGCCCAGACAAAAUAAACCUAAAUUACAUUUUCAAUUGUAUUUUUAUACAGACUGGGGUCAAGAAGUAAUGCUUGUAUCAACUUCACGAGUUCUAGCAUCAUGUGAGAAGCAAGCCUCUUGAUUGUUGAUUUGCAGGACUUGAUUGGUUUAAAUGAAAUCAGAAGAGCUGGUGAUUAUGGUUAGAAGCAUGUGCUGGAAAUGCUGCAGUAUAAGAAAAUACUCUGAUAACAACUAUUCAUCAAUCUGUUUUCUGAGUGUGGAUGGAACAUGAUGAGCUUCUUUGGUUGGUUGGUUUGUUUGUUUUUGUUGUUGUUGUUGUUUUUGGUUGGUUGGUUGGUUGGGUUUUUUUUUUGUUGUUUUUUUUUUUGGGGGGGGGGAGGUUUCCAGACAGGGUUUCUCUGUGUAGCCCCAGUUGUCCUGGAACUCAUUAUGUAGACCUGGCUGGCCUCGAACUCAGAAAUCCACCUGCCUCUGCCUCCCAAGUGCUGGGAUUAAAGGCAUGCACCACCACCGCCCAGCUUAUGAUGAGCUUCUUUAAGUUCCUGGUGUCAUAACUUUCCCAUGUAUUGUGGUGGGAGUAAGAAUUGCCCUAAGUGUUCUAGACUAGAUCUAGACUAGACUAGAUUUGAGUGCUUAGUCACCAGGCUGUAGCUCUUCUUUAAAAGGAUUAAGAAGUGUGGCAUCAUUGCUGUAAGUGUGUCAUUGGAGGUUGUAUUUAAGGUUUCAAAAGUUUCUCCCUUUCGUGCUGACUGUGGAUCAGAAUGUAACAUCCUCAGCUACUUCCUGAGAAUCAUAUCUGUCUCCAUUCCACCAUGUUCCCCAGCAUGCUCCCUACAAUAGUGAUACUGUACAAAACUUCCAAAACUGUAAACAAGCCCCAAUAAAUGCUUUCUUUAUAAGAGUCA